AUGCCUACAGUCGAGACACCCGUUGUAUCAACGUCCGGAAUAGCUACCACAGCGAGCGGCGAGCGUCACAUCCCCUCUUCCAGGAGGGCAGACGGAUCAAUACGUAAAGAGAUUCGAGUGCGCCCUGGAUAUCGACCCCCAGAAGAUGUAGAGAUAUAUAAGAACAGAACGGCCGAAGCCUGGAAGAAUAGGGGAAGCGGCGGUGUACCAGGCGCGGAAGGACUGAAAACUGGCCAAGAAUCAGGUAAACCGAGCGCAGCUGCGAACAAGAACGCCAAACGGAGAGAGGCACGGAAGAAGGCUGCAGCUGCUUCCGCGGAGGCGGGGGAUGGGACUGUUCGCGGGGCCGAAAAGGGUGGAUAUGCGCCACAGGAAGCUGGAGGAGAACAGUCAAAUGAAAACCCAGUCGUAGUGGAUCCGGAGGUACAGAAAGAGAAGGAGGCGAAGAAGCUGCUGAAAAAGCUACGACAAGCGCGGGAGCUGAAAGACAAGAAGGAACAAGGUGCAGCCCUUCUCCCGGAACAAUUCGAGAAGGUGAUCAAGAUCAACGAGCUGAUUCGCCAGCUGGAAGGCCUCGGAUACAGUGGGGAUGGUGAACGAAAGUCGGAGACCUGA